GUUUUGGGGCGCGUCUGUGUUGUGCGCGAGUGUGGUUCGUUGAGGGGGAGGCCGGGCAGCCCCGGAGGACUGUUUGCAAAAUAGGUUGGUCCUUGAAUCCAAUAAUAUAUUCUUUGCAGCAGAGAGAAAGCAACUUCUAUUUAGCCAGAUCGGGGUCUGGUGACUUUCGAGGACGCAUCUGUGCAUCUCACUGAGGUGGAGUGGGCUCUGCUGGAUCCAGGCCAAAGAAGCCAUCAGAAAGAAAUCAUGGAGGACAAUUGUCAGGCUGUGGCCUCUCUGGAGGCUGAUGGUCCCCAGAAAAACCUUGAGGGAAAACCACAUGAGCUUCCAUUGGAAGAGGAACAGCUGAGAAGAAGCAAUGGAACAAAAUGGAAGAGGAGAGACGAAACCUCUGUUUCUCAGGGUGCUGAAUGCCAGGGCAUCCUGCCAUGCCGUGAUACAAUCAGUUGCCCCAUCUGUGGAAAAACAUUUAUUUAUCGUUCAGUGUUUAAUACCCACUGGAGAACACAUACAGCAGAGAAACGAUAUAAAUGUGCGGACUGCGGAAAGAGCUUUACUCAGAGUACACAUCUUAUUUUACAUCAACGUAUCCAUACCGGGGAGAAACCAUAUAAAUGUGUGGACUGUGGAAAAUGCUUUGCUCGAAAUGCACAGCUUACUAUUCAUCGACGUAUCCAUUCUGGGGAGAAACCAUUUAAGUGCUUGGUGUGUGGGAAGGGCUUUGCUCAGAGUGCAAACCGUAUUGCUCAUCAACAUACCCACACAGGAGAGAAACCCUAUAAAUGCGUGGAAUGCGGAAAGAGCUUUGCUCAGAGUUCACAGCUUAUUUCACAUCAACUUAUCCAUACUGGGGAGAAACCAUAUAAAUGCGUGGACUGCGGCAAGAGCUUUGCUCGGAAUACACAGCUUACUAUCCAUCGACGUAUCCACACAGGGGAGAAACCAUAUCAAUGUAUGGACUGCGGAAGGAGCUUUACUCAGAGCACACAUCUUAUUUUGCAUCAACGUGUCCAUACCGGGGAGAAACCAUAUAAAUGUGUGGACUGUGGAAAGAGCUUUGCUCGGAGUACACACCUUACUGCCCAUCGACGUACCCAUACCGGUGAAAAACCAUAUAAAUGUGCGUACUGUGGAAAAACCUUUGCUCGGAGGGCAAACCUUACUGUCCAUCGACGUACACAUACAGGUGAAAAACCAUAUAAAUGUGCAAACUGUGGAAAGACCUUUGCUCGGAGGGCAAAACUUACUGUCCAUCUACGUAUCCAUACUGGGGAGAAACCAUAUAAAUGUUUGCACUGUGGAAAAUGCUUUGCUCAGGGGAAAGACUUUACUGUCCAUUGUCGUAUCCACACAGGUGAGAAACCAUAUAAAUGUGUGUACUGUGGAAAGAGCUUUGUUCGGAGUACUCAACUUACUGUCCAUCAACGUAUCCACACAGGGGAGAAACCAUAUAAUUGUGUAGACUGUGGAAAGAACUUUGUUCGGAGUACACAGCUUACUAUCCAUCAUCGUAUCCAUACAGGGGAGAAACCAUAUAAAUGUGUGGAUUGUGAAAAGACUUUUGCUCAGCGGAAAGACUUUACUGUCCAUCGUCGUAUCCACACAGGGGAGAAACCAUACAAAUGCAUGUACUGUGAAAAGAACUUUGUUCGGAGUACACAGCUUACAGUCCAUCAUCGUAUCCACACAGGGGAGAAACCAUAUAAAUGUAUGGACUGUGGAAAGAACUUUACUCACCGUACAAGUCUUAUUUCACAUCAACGUAUCCAUACCGGGGAGAAACCAUAUAAAUGUGUAUACUGUGGAAAGAGCUUUGCUCUGAGUACACAGCUUACUGUUCAUCAUCGUAUCCACACGGGGGAGAAAUUAUAUAAAUGUAUAGACUGUGGUAAGAGCUUUGCUCGGAGUGCAGACCUUACUGUUCAUCGACGUAUCCAUACCGGGGAGAAGCCAUAUAAAUGUGUGGACUGUGGAAAAUGCUUUGCUCGGAGUGCAACACUUACUGCCCAUAGAUAUAUCCACACAGGGGAGAAACCAUUUAAGUGUGUAGACUGUGGAAAGAGCUUUGCUCAGAGUGGACGGCUUACUGUCCAUCAACGUAUCCAUACCGGGGAAAAACCAUAUAAAUGUGUGGACUGUGGAAAAUGCUUUGCUCGGAGUGCAACUCUUACUGCCCAUAGGUAUAUCCACACAGGGGAGAAACCAUUUAAAUGUGUGGACUGCGGAAAGAGCUUUACUCAGAGUACACAGCUUAAUAUCCAUCGACGUAUCCACACAGGAGAGAAAUUAUAUAAAUGUGUGGACUGUGGAAAGUGUUUUACUCAGAGUAGAUUGCUUACUAUCCAUCAACGAAUUCACACAGGGGAGAAACCAUAUAAGUGUACAGACUGUGGAAAGAGCUUUACUCAGAGUAUACAUCUCAUUUUACAUCAACGUAUCCAUACUGGGGAGAAACCAUACACAUGUGUGUACUGUGGAAUGAGCUUUGCUCGGAGUACAAGUCUUACUACCCAUCAACGUAUCCACACAGGGGAGAAACCAUAUGAAUGUGCAGACUGUGGAAACAGCUUUGCUUGGAGUACACAGCUUACUGUCCAUCAACAUAUCCACACAGGGAAGUAACCAUAUAAUUCUAUGGACUGUGGAGAGAGCUUUGUUUGGAGUAGAGAGAUUAUUGCCCAUUGAUGUAUCCAAACAGAAAAGAGGAACCAAAUAAAUGCUAAGAUUGUGCUAAAUUAUAAAUGCUUAAUUAAAGAAAUGCUAAUUUGUUAUAUCAUAAAUAAAUGGUUCCUGUGUGUCAACAAUUUCAGUCACAAGCCCUCUCUUUCCAGGUGUUAUGUGGGGGAUUAACCAUGCUUCCUGUCAAAGCCAUCAGAAGAAGGGCAAGCUGUAGAAAAGUUCGCUCAGUGUCUAGCGUUUUUAUGCUAAAUCAGGCCCAUAUUAUACAACUUGUGAAUUGUUUUGUUUGGUUCCUAGCUGAAAUAAGUGAAAGACAGUUUAUUAUAUAAUGGGAGUGAUUUGUCCUACCCUGUUGAUACAUGUUGUGGAGGAGUGUCUGAGAAUUUAGUAGUUAAAGGGUUUUUUAUUACUAAUUUAUUAGAGUAUGUUUUUUAGAAGAGUUCCACCCUGCUUGCUCCACUCACCAUAUUUAACAAGAGUUUGAUUACUGAAUGAGCAGUUCUGCUUCCUCCUAGAAGAGUGGCAGCUAUACCAGAUGAAGUAGUGACAAGAGCGAUCAUCCGUUUCCCCCCAAAACUAUCCCAAUAUUGAUUUUUAAUCAAUAUCAUAUCCCACAUUUCUUCUUGUAGGGUCCCAAAUAGCUUUCAUUGUUCUCUCUCCUCCAUUUUAUCCACUCAACAAGCUUGUGAGAUUUGUUAGGCUGAGAAAGUAUGCCUGGCCCAGGGUCAGCCAGUAACUUUCUGCCGCCAAGGGAAAUUUGAAUCUAGGUCUCCUAGAGUCUAGUCUCUAACCACUAGACAACACUGUCUCUAAUAGUUUAGGGAGGUUCUUAGAUAACCUUUGUUUUGUAAAGGAUGGAAUAUGGUGCAUCCUCUCUUCUUGUGCUCUUUUUAUCGCCAACAUGGAUCCAUAACUUUUUAGAUUGUUCUCCUCCAGUUAAUAAUCACAUCAGCUCUAUAAGGUUGUUCUGUUGAGAGCGUGUGAUGGGUCCAAAGUCAGCAAGUAACCUUGUUACGCAAAGGGCUUCCUGUGUCUGCUCUGUGGCCCCAGAAACAUUACUCUAAGCAUGUCUAGAGUACAGAAUGGCACCACUACGGUUAACUUAUACCAGGAUCUUUACAGUCUCAUUUACUUACUUACUUACUUGCUUACUUACUUACUUACUUAAUUAAUUACUUACUUGCUUACUCACGUCAUAUCUAUUCCUGUCACAGUAGGGGAAUACGAAGCAGGUCGUCAGAUAUUAAGCAGGCUUUUAAUUCCACUUUCUGAGCAAGCCCUCGGAAAGCUGCUCUCUUCUCAGUAAGAAGGGAGGAGGCCAUAAAGCUGCCAGUUCAUGGCCAUUUGCUUGGAUGUUCAUUAUGCUGUCAUUAAGUGAUGGAGAAACAUGUUUUUGUAGCCCCCUGGUCAUUAAAACCAGCCUACGUGCCAAGGGUUAGCUUAGCUAAGCUAUGGAGGUUAAGAGGACUAAUUUUAAUUUUCUGGGAGGGGAAAUCCACCUCUCCCCCCAAUAGACUGUUUAAAAGGCCCAAAGUGGAUACCUGGACAUUCAGGUAUCUUUUGUAACUCUCAUGUGCUUCUAACUAGAUAUUAGCAACUUCCUUUCUUUUCUUAUUUGGCGGCUAAUGUAGUGUGA